UCUUCUCUUUGAAUCUUUCUCUUGCGCGUCUCCAGCGGCGCGCCCUGGACGGCGGCGCCUCCCAGUGCAUGGAUGCUCGCGGCAGCUCGGCCGCGAUCCCGGGGAGAUUUCUCCAGGUGUAGGGUAAAUAUUUUGAUCUGGGGCGAGGUGUAGCGAAGCAAUGGGAUGCGUUUUCUCGUCUUGCGCCGGGAAUGAUAUCACGAAGCCAUCGGAUGCUCCGUUCACCACUGUGACAAAUGGCAACCCUGGUGGUGCUAAAGCAAAUGAAGGAGCAAAUAGAGCUGGACAAGCUGCCAGAGUCCAACCGAUCGCUGUUCCAAUGCUUGGCAUUGACGAGCUGAAAGAAGCCACCGAGAAUUUUGGUCCCAAGUCACUUAUCGGCGAGGGAUCCUAUGGUCGAGUUUACCUUGCGGAGUUGCGAAGUGGUCAAGCUGCGAUAAAGAAGCUGGACCAGAAUUCACAGCCUGAUCAGGAGUUCCUUGCUCAGGUUUCCAUGGUGUCGAGACUAAAAAAUGAGAACGUUGUUGAGCUCAUUGGAUACUGUGUUGACGGGCCACUCCGUGUUUUGGCGUAUGAGUUUGCAACGAUGGGCUCUUUGCAUGACAUACUCCAUGGGAGAAAAGGUGUUAAAGGUGCUUUGCCCGGUCCGGUGUUGGAUUGGGCCCAGCGUGUGAAGAUCGCGGUAGGGGCUGCAAAAGGGCUCGAAUAUUUGCAUGAAAAAGUUUCUCCACCACUAAUUCACCGUGACAUCAAGUCCAGUAAUGUUCUCCUGUUCGACGACUACACAGCAAAGAUAGCCGACUUCAAUCUUUCCAACCAGGCUCCGGACACGGCCGCACGGCUUCACUCGACUCGUGUACUUGGAACUUUCGGCUACCACGCUCCAGAAUAUGCGAUGACAGGUCAGCUCACACAAAAGAGUGAUGUCUAUAGCUUUGGCGUGGUUUUGUUGGAGCUCCUCACUGGGAGAAAGCCAGUGGAUCACUCAAUGCCUCGUGGACAGCAGAGCCUUGUAACGUGGGCCACACCCAGACUUAGCGAAGACAAAGUCAAGCAAUGUGUGGAUCCAAAGCUGAAAGGAGAGUACCCUGCAAAGGCAGUUGCCAAGAUGGCCGCUGUUGCCGCUCUGUGCGUGCAAUACGAGGCGGACUUUAGGCCAAACAUGGGCAUCGUGGUGAAAGCGCUCCAACCUUUGCUCACGGCCCGAGCCGCCCCGGCAGCGGAGAUGGUUCGAGCUCUGGAUGAAAACUUGUGCAUCCCAGCUCGACAUAGUUCUCGCUCUCAGGUUCUUAAGAAUGAUAUUCCAAUGUCUAACAAGUUGCUCCAGCAUUAUAGCAAGCAGGGAAACGUCCAGCAGGCACGAAUCGUGUUUGACAGUAUCACCGUUAAGGACUCUUUCUCGUGGAACAUCAUGCUAUCAACGUAUGCCCGGGGCGGGUGUGUGGAGGAAGCCAGGCUUUUCUUCGAGGACAUGCCGAGCAGGGACAUGGUUUCUUGGAACGCGUUGCUCUCGGCUUAUGCCCGGAGCGGGCAUGUUGAGGAGGCCAAGCGGGUCUUUUCCUCGAUGCCCAGCUCCAAUCUAGUCUCGUGGACGUCGUUACUGGCGGCUUAUACGCAGAACGGGCAUAUCAAGCUUGCAAAGUCGGUCUUUGAGGAGAUGCCGCAGAGGGAUAUGAUGGCCUGGACUAUAAUGCUUACGGCCUUGACGCAGAGAUAUCUGGUGAUGGAGGCCGAGAACGUUUUCUUCAACAUGCCCGAGUAUAAUCUGGUAUCCUGGACUGCAAUGCUAACUUGUUAUUCCCAGAGCGGGCAUAUUGAAGAAGCAAGUUUGGUUUUUCACGCCAUGGAGCAGCGUGACAUCGUUGCUUGGACUGCGAUGGUGGCUGCCUAUGCGCAAUCGGGGUAUGUCAAAGAAGCUAUUCGGAUCUUUAGCAAGAUGCCGGAGCUUGACUGUGUCACUUGCAGCACCAUGAUUUGCGUCUACACCCAAGACGCGGACUUUCGCAAGGCCGAGGAGGUUUACAACGCGAUGCCGGAGUGGAGCGUCGUGACCAUGAACGCGAUGCUAAGUUGCUACGCUCAGAGUUCUCAGGUGGAGCGGGCCAAGAGGGUGUUCGACGAGAUCCCGGAGAAGAGCUUGGUGUCCUGGAACGCGAUGCUUUCGGGGUAUGCACAAAACGGGGAGAUGGAGAAGGCAAAGAACGUUUUUGAUCGCAUGGAGGAGAGGGACCUGGUGUCGUGGGACGCGAUGGUUUCCGGGUAUGCUCAAAACGGGCAUGUCGAGGAGGCUAGAAGGAUCUUCGACGCGAUGCCCGAGAGGAACCUCGUCGCCUGGAACGCACUCUUGUGUGGACUGGCACUGAACGGAAGUGUGGAGGAGGCCGAAGAGCUGCUGCUGAGUAACGCCAUGGACGAUCGCAACAUCGUCUCGUGGACUGCGGUGGCUGUUGGCUAUGCCCAAGUUGGUCAUCUCCAGAAAACCAGGAGAGUCUUCGACGCUAUGCCCGAGCGCGACGCGGUGGCCUGGAUCGCCAUGCUCGAGACGUAUGCUUACAAUGGCCGGACGGAGUCGACGCUGGAGCUCUUCCACACCAUGGCUCUCACGCAAACUCCAGGAGAAGCAGGCUUCGUUUGGAUUCUCCUGGCUUGCAGCCACGCAGGAAAGCUUCGAUCGGGGCUCGGCUACUUCGCUUCGAUGACGAGAGAUUGGAAGUUGGUUCCUCUCAAGCAGCACUUCUGCUGCGUGGUGGAUCUUCUCGGCCGGGCCGGGUACUUGGGCGAGGCCGAGGUGCUCGUGUCGGCCAUGCCGAGCGAUGCCCGAGAGCUGGGGUGGUCGUGCUUGCUGGGAGCUUGCCGGGGACACACCGAGAUGGACAUGAGCCGGGGAGCUCGAGUGACUAAACAGGUGCUGGGGCUGGACAGGAGGAAAGCCACUCCGUAUCUGGAUCAAUGCCGCUCUAGCGGGGUUCUUGAUAGCCGGAUGCGAUAUUUCGUGCUCUCUGCCGGCAUUCUUGGAAGAUCCAUGGCCGAUAGCGCAGCUCCUCCUCCAAUCCCACCGCCGCCGCCGCCGCCUCCCGCGAGCGAGGAUGUGAUUAGCAGGAAUCCGCUCUCGGUGGGUGUGAUCAUCGGGAUUUGCAUUGGCGUGAGCCUCAGCCUCUUCCUGGCGACGUGCGCAGUGAUUUGCGUGAGGCUGCGGCGCGUCAAGCCGGGAUUGUUCCGCGGCAACAGCAGCGAGAGGAAGGAGAUCGUGCUGCCGAUGCGAGUGAAUGGAGCCGACUCGAGCACCAUCCUCUCCGACUCGGAUGUGGGGAAUCGAUCGCCAUCGCAGCAGCAGCAGCCCAGCGUCACUUCUUUUCUAAAAGCCAACAAGGAGUUAAAUUACAGCGCUGGGAUUCUUCCAUUCUCAUAUAAGGAGCUCCAGAAGGCCACCAACAAUUUUACUACGCUUGUUGGGCGUGGAGCUUUCGGCCCAGUUUUCAAGGCCGUUCGUCCCACUGGUCCAGUGCUCGCUGUGAAAGUCCUCGACGUGAAAUCCAAGCAAGGAGGGCGAGAGUUUCAAACCGAGGUGCUGCUGCUUGGACGACUCCACCACCGAAAUCUUGUAAACUUGGUCGGAUACUGCGCGGAGCGAGGCCACUGUAUGCUCGUGUACGAGUUCAUGAGUGGUGGGAACUUGGCAGAGAUCCUUUACAACGAAGAGCGCGCGGCUUUAAGCUGGAAGCUUCGGGUGAGCGUGGCGCAUGAUAUCUCGAGGGGCAUUGAGUAUCUUCACGACGGGGCUGUGCCUCCAGUGAUUCAUCGAGACAUCAAGUCUUCCAACAUACUGCUGGAUGCCAUGUCCACUGCUAAAGUGGCGGAUUUUGGGCUGUCCAAGGAGAUGACGUUUGGAGUCCCUACGUCGGCUGUCAAAGGCACUUUCGGCUAUGUUGAUCCACAGUACCUCUUGACAAACGUUUUUACCGAAAAGAGUGAUGUCUACAGUUUCGGGAUUCUUUUGUUCGAGCUCAUCACUGGACGGAAUCCGCAACAAGGCCUCUUGGAUUACGUGAAACUGGCUGCUUUGGGGGUGGAAGGCGCAGACGGCUGGGGAGAACUUGUAGAUCCCAGGCUCGAGGGGCAUUGCAACUUGCAAGAAUUCGGGCAGAUAGCUUCCAUCGCAUUUCGCUGCGUCAACGAAGACCCUCGACACCGGCCAAAGAUGCGGGACGUUUCACAGUGGCUAUCACGAGUCGGGUACAAAGGUGACGCCGCUUCCGGCUACAUCGCCGCCUUAGCACCGGUUCCAGAGGCACAUCCGGAGGAGACGGACGUCUCAGAUGUGGAGUUUCACGGCUCGCCAUCCUAACAAACGGAAGCUCAACGUUUCUCAA